AUGGCCACCUCAAAAGAACCCCCGGAAGGAGUCUACCACUAUGAGACCGCUGACGAAGUCCCCCUCGAAAUCCAAAAAUACUGGCACCAACGCUACGACAUCUUCUCCCUCUACGACUCCGGCAUCUGGAUGACUGACGCCGCCUGGUACGGCAUCACCCCGGAACCUGUCGCCACCCGCAUCGCCGCCGACAUCGCCUCCUUGGCCCCAGCACAUAAAACCAUCCUCGUGGACGCUUUCGCAGGGGCGGGAGGGAAUACGAUUGCUUUUGCGCUCUCAGGCAGGUGGAAGCAGAUUUUUGCUAUUGAGAGGGAUCCGGUUGUUUUGGCUUGUGCGAAGAGGAAUGCGGAGGUCUAUGGGGUUGGGAAGAAGAUUUUCUGGAUUGGAGGGGAUUCGUUGGUUGAGGUGCCGAGGCGGUUGAAGGCGCUGGGGGGAAGUGUGGUGGUUUUUGGGAGUCCGCCUUGGGGUGGUCCUACAUACAAGGACUGUGAGAUUUACGAUCUGAGUGGCAUGGAGCCUUACUCGCUGGAUCAACUACACAAGGCCUUUUCUGCUGUCACUAACGAUAUGGUGUUGUAUCUACCUCGGACUUCGGAUUUACGGCAACUAGUCAAAUAUGCCAAAGGGGAUGAGAAGAUGAAGGUCGUUCACUAUUGCAUGCACGGCGCGAGCAAGGCACUUUGCGUCUACCUUGGUACCUUAUCUGGAGGUUGA